GUGUCGGUGCAGACACCGCCGUGAGCAGACGUGACGUCGACGUCUCCCAGUGGACGCCUACGGUCAGGCGGCGGCGGCGGGCUUCCGCGAGUGGAACGGGAAAAACCCGUGAGCAGCGGACCGGCGUCCUAGCGCGCAGAUUUCGGGGGCGGACAGUUUAGACGCGUGGCGCCAGACGCUGAGGAGCCGAAGAAGUCGAGGAAUGUGAGCGAAGGUCGUGAUGGGACCCAUGCUGUCGCCGAUCGUCACAGCAGUAGUACUGCUCGCCGCGCUGCAAGCGGCCUGCGUUGGCGGACUGAAGCUGCUGCGGCUGCAAGUGCCGCAGUACAAGCUGCGCGGCGACCAGGCGCUGCUGCAGUGCCUGUACGACCUGGAGGACGACGCGCUCUACUCCGUCAAGUGGUACAAGGACGACGAGGAGUUCUACCGAUACGUGCCGCGAUCACACCCGCCGCAGCACAGCUACAAGAUCGACGGAGUCAGGGUGGACCACCAGCGCUCGGACGACAAGAAAGUGGUGCUGCACAACCUCAAUCUCAAGUCCUCGGGCGACUACCGGUGUGAGGUGUCAGCCGAGGCGCCGUCGUUUGCCUCUGCGCAGGCUGAGGGCCACAUGGACGUCGUCGCUCUUCCCAAGGACGGACCGCACAUCUACGGCGAGGAGCGGCUGUACCAGGUGGGCGACGAGAUCAGCCUCAACUGCACAUCCGGCAAGUCGCACCCGGCUUCGGAGCUGAAGUGGUUCAUCAACGACCAGCAGGUGCCCGACGACGACCCGCGGCUUGAGGUGUUCCCGGAUGAGCGCGACGCGCACGGCCUGGUGUCUUCGUCGCUGGGCCUGCGGUUCGCGGUGUCGGGGGCGCACUUCGUGUCGGGCUCCAUGAAGCUGCGCUGCGUGGCGGAGGUGGCGCCGGUGCUGUGGCAGGGCGACAGCGAGAGCGUCGUGCAGAGGGUCACACCGCCCCCCAACACCGUGCGGGAAGCGCUCUUCCUCGUGCGCGGUCGGUCGUCGCGACCCCUGGCCGCCGCCGCCGCGGUGCUGACCUCGCUGCUCAUCAGUGCCGUCACGUGACUGCUCGCAGUUUCGCCGCCGUCGGCGCCACCGCCGACGCGCCACUGUCGUCUGUGAUAACCCCCGAAAACAACACCCUCUCGUCUCACGCGACCUGUACCUUGCUGUUGUCGCCUACGUUCUCCGUGCUCUUCGACGUCUAGCCUAAAGACACCUUGUGCGUGUAUAUAUGUGAGUGUGUGUGUGUGUGUGUGUGUGUGUGUGUGUGUGCGUGUGUGCGUGUGUGUGUGUGUGUGUGUGUGUGUGUGUGUGUGUGUGUGUUCAUGUGCGUUUGUGUUUGGGAGUGUGUGCGGUGUGUGUGUGUGCGGUGUGUGUGUGUGUGUGUGUGUGUGUGUGUGUGUGUUCAUGUGCGUUUGUGUUAAGAGCGUGUGCGUGUGUAAGCUAAUUUUAUGCGAGCGAUAUUUUUUUGAUAUAUGUGUGUUGUGUUCUGAUCGUGGUGGUUUGUAACGUCUUGUACUGCGAGAAGAAAAAUAUGAAUAUAUAUAUAAAUGUAUAUCUAAUUGUUAAAUAUUUUAUUCGUGCUGAUCUAUAAAGUGCUAUGACUUUCAAAGUACUAGUUGUUGCAAAAUGUUUUUAUUAUUUACUCAGAAUGUUGAAGCUUUCAGGAACAAUUGUUUGUAACCGUAACUAUUUUACCACACUAACAAAACAUUAAUUUGAAAUAUGCAUUGAAAUAAAUGUUGAGACGAUUAAUAAUGUAAGUGUUUCAGGCUUUUGUGUGAAUCGAUGUGUUACAGUUAUGGAAUCACACUCUAUUGUAUGUAAAAGAAAUAAUAACUUUAAUAAAUUUUCAUGGAACAAA